CCGCCGCCGCCUGCCUCUCUGCCAGACAACGAGGACCUGCUCCGGGAGAUUCUCCUCCGCCUGCCGCCGCGCCCUUCCUCCCUCCCCCGGGCCUCCCUCGUUUGCAAGCGUUGGCGCAGCCUCGUCACCGAUCCCCAAUUCCAACGCCGGUUCCGCGACCACCACGGCAAGCCUCCACUCCUUGGCUUCUUCCUCCAUGAACAUCGCUCCUGUUCGUUUAUUCCAAUGCUGGAUCGACCAGAUCGCAUCCCCGGCACUCGCUUCUCCAUUUCUCUCGAUGACGGCCACAUCAUCGACUGUCGCCACGGACUUGUCCUUUUCCUCGGCCAAAGGCGGCUACUUGUGUGGGACCCCGUUGCCCGCGAGCAGCGCCGCCUGAUCCCCCACCAGAGCUGGACAGCGACCAGAUGUCCAUCUUCAACGGGGGUGUGCUUCGCCCUGCCGGCGGCCAAGGCUGCCGUUCUAGCCAUUUCCAGGUGGCCCUGAUGGCCGGUGACAGAGAAAGCGAAAGAGUUUCAGCAUACCUUUACUCCUCGGAGACCGGGAUAUGGGGCAAUAUCAGCUCAGUGCAGCUGCAAUGGCAGAAUAGGAUGGGAAUAGGAACAAGUACUUUGACUGGGAAUUCCCUUUGUUGGUUAAUUCAGACGAACCAUCAAUGUGUCAUACUUGAGUUUGAUCUGGAUAGGCAGAGCCUAGAUUUGAGAGAGCUGCCACCACACAUAGAUGCCGGCUAUCACAACCUAAGUAUUAUGCCAGCCGAAGAUGGUGGGCUUGGCUUCAUCUAUUUCUCACAAUUCCAAGCCCAGUUAUGGAAGAGAAUGCCUGAUUCUGACGGUUUAGCUGUAUGGGUGCUCUACAGAGCUAUUGACUUUGAGAAGAUCGGAUCAACUUGCAAGCGAGACUACCUCAUUUUACAGGGGUUCGCCGAGGAGAAUAAUGCAGUCCUUGUACGGCGACCUUCUGGUGUCUUCUUGGUCUAUCUCCAGUCAAUGGAGUUUAAGGAACUUUCCCAUACGAUGUUCUGUCAUCACCAUUAUCCAUUUGCAUGUUGCUAUGCUGCAGGAACUGGCAUUCUUGAUGGACAUGAUGGAGAUGAAGUAUUGAACAAUAUGUGAGAUGUUUGUUUGGUGAGACAUGAUAGUAGGAUGUGAUCACUGCAAAGGCAUGGCUAAGUUGCAGGAACGGCUUGCUGGUGCUAAUAUUUUGCAUUUUCUGGUGGUGUGGCCUGGCCAGUGAUGAUCCAUUCCCAUCUGAAGAUUGAUCCGUUGCAGUAUGCGCUUAUCGAGUGCGAAGUGCAUUUGGAGGAACGAACUGUUAUACUGUAUUUGUUAGCUCCCGCUAUAUUAUUUCAGUGACCUCUAUGAGUCUGCUCCUUGUAUUUUUAGUGGUCCGUUUGCUUAUGUAUUUUGAGUGCAUUCAGCAGGCAAGCUCA